AUGAACGAGAGCGCUCUUCCUAAUCUCUCAUCCGGAGAGAAGUACGCUGUACUCGACUACCUGGUUUGCUCGCAGGUUUCCUGGCAGUGCUUGACCUACGACAUCGCCUGUACAUACUCGCGCAACUCCUCCGACAUCGUUUUACCCGAUUGUGAUGUGCACGAUGCGGCACGCAUGCCGCAGAAGACAUUUGAGGCUCCGACGAAGAUGCUUACUGAGGCCGGCGCGGUGGAUGGCGCUCCCGAGGGAUCAUCGGAAAGUGGCAACAUAUGA